AUGUUAUUGCCGGCAGUACCGGAUGAGUGGACAGCUGAAGCAUUUAUGAAGAGUCUCAAUCCAUUGAGUUCCGAUGCUUCCAAGAAGUUGAAGGAAAGUUUGUUAGAAUUUCAGGCAACCACUUGGGCAGAUGUCCACAAUCGCUAUGAAUCAAAGAUAAGAAUAGCAAAUGAUAGUGGAUCACGGUCAGAGCAACAGAGGUUUCAGGAGAAAGAAACAUCGGAGUCCCGAGAUUCAGCGAUUGGGGAUUGCCAGCACCUAUGGGAAGAGGUUGCAAUGUUGCUGAAAAAUGGUCACCUUAGAGAAUUUCUAAGUGAUCGAGCAAAAAAUAACAAUGGGAAAAAUCGGGACACUGGGGAGCCAGCUAAACCGACUGCAGGGUCACCUCCAACAAAGAAGACAAAUAUAUCGGUAACUCAUGGGAAAAGGAUCCGAGAAUCUUCAGAAGAUGACAUCACUUUCACAAAAGAGGAUGCUGAUGGACUUCUUCUACCGUACAACGAUGCUCUGGUAAUAUCUCUUAAUGUCUUAGAUUUUAAAAUUAAAUGUGUGUUGGUUGAUCCAAGUAGUUCAACCAAUAUCAUACAAUGGAGAGUUCUAGAGCAAGCAAAGUUAACCGGAAACAUAUUUUCGACAACAAAGAUUGUGGACGGAAAUAACUUAACAAGUGUAAUGACCCGGGGAGAGAUUCUACUGCCCACACAUGCCGAACACAUAACGAAGACAACUUUGUUUGAAGUGGUAAAUGGCGAGAUCCUCGGAAGGCCUUGGAUACAUGAAAUGAAGGCUGUGUCGUUAACUUAUCAUCAAUUGCUGAAGUUUUCUAUGCCGGAGGGAGUCAAGCAGAUCAGAGGAGAUCAACCGGCUGUAAGGGAGAUGAAUGCAGUGACCAUUUCCAGUAGUAAGGAAAAAAAGCAAAUAGCAAUUACAGGAGUUGGUGCCCUCUUUCACCCCGAUUGA